AUGCGUUUGAGAUGCGGUGGCGUAGUGUUUGCCCUCUCAUGGAGAACCGGGACGCUUGUGGAGGGAAGACUUGGUCUUCCAAAGUUCAUCCUACUUGGGGCGUUCCGCGCGAAAGUUUGGAGUUUAGUGGUAUUUCGACGAGGCGGCUCAGCAUCACGUUAUGUCCGGUGGGAAAUUUACUGCGCUGAUCCAGAAGUACGAGACGCUCUCGGCGGCCAAGGAAGAGAUGGAGCGUCUCCGACGGUCUCGUCGAGAUCGGUCGAGGCGGCUGUGACUCAGGUCUUCGACUCGGUGAAUGACUGGUAUGCUCCUCGCCUCCAUCGCUUGUCGGAGUUCGUCGCGCAGCGGGACAUGGUUGAAGCCGCUGUGGGGAGGAGGCAAGUCGACGAGGCUCUCCUCAACUUUGUGAAGAAGAUUCGGGGAGUGGAUCUGAACUUCGACGCGGUGGAGGAGAAGCUCGCGGCUAAGCUGGCGAAGAGCAUCGCGGAUGGGGAUGCGAUUGACGAAGUCGUUAUCGAUGAUGAUGACUUCGCUCCGCCUAACAGCCUUAAACGGCUGGUGCUGCCGGGAUCUCCUUCUCGUCGAGAUGGUGGUGGUGCGGAUCCGGGUGCGGGACCCUCUACUUCUGGGGCCAAGUCUGCUUAG